GUUGGCUGGGCUGUACGCACACAAGUGCACGCACACAUUCACUCAAACCGGUGGAUGAACUUCAGCUGGAUAAUGGAUUAACGCAUCAGACAGAUAACGAAGACGAACAGCAUACUAUGAGCUCCAGAUGUCAAUGUAUUGGAAGAAAACACCCACCCACCCACGGCGGAAUGACUCACAGUUUAAAGUAGUUGAAUAAGCGAGCGCCGGUGCGGACGGGGAGAUUCUGCGUGGGGUAUUUGACUUCUUUCUGGUAUUUAAAGCUCCUCAAACUGUGGUUUUUAUGGGGAAGAGAGGCGUUGAGCUCGAGCCGCCAUACAGACUGACAGUUGCUGCGAGAAGCGCUGGUGCCAGAUAUGGAUAGCGCGCGGGAUACCUCAGGACGCUGGUGCGCAUCUUCAUAAAGUGCGACGCUUCGAGACUGACGAGGCCCAAAACUUCCUCUGUCCGGAGUCAAAGUCGCUGUUAAACGGUGGACGUGCGUGGCAAAGUCGCAACACUUGAGUCAACAAACUCAGUGAAGGUGAAAAGUUUGACAUAAGCCUCCAAAGUAACUUUUACAAAUCCUCACAGGAGGCUUUGAAGAUGCGUCAGGAGGUCGCUUGGAGAUUUCAGAUGCUGCUCGUUAUUUGGUCAACUCUUCUCGUUAGUUUGGGGACAGCGUUUCCUACCAGACACAAACAUGCCGGCCAUAAGGCUCAUGGCCACCAGAUCCACAGUGGUGGGGUCCAGAAUGUCGCUGAGACUUUGGAGCAACAGAACCAGGUCCAGAGCCUCCUCCCUGAUCCCCACAGCCAUCAGAGGAGGUGGUCCCAUCCCCAGCAUCGCUCAGUUGGGGUUCUUCCACAGCCGGAGCCUGAGGAGGAGACCAAACCCUUCAUCCUGGAUCUCAACAACUUUCCAGACCUGACCAAUGCUGAUAUCAACUCACAGAACCCAAACAUACAGGUAACCAUUGAGGUGGUAGACGACCCCCAGAUGGAGGUCGAAAUGGACCUGGCCAACGAAAAAGAGUGGCUGCCCUCCUCGUCCUCCUCCCCCUCCUCCACAGUAGACUGGCUCGGUGGCAAGAAGCUAUUCUGGCCCCUUUUCUGGAGUUAUACGGAUUCCAGCGAAGACAGCAACAACCGGUCAGGUGCAGAAGAGACUGGCGAAGAAGAGGAGGAGGAAGACUACUCUCUGGAUUACGGCAGUGAGGAGCCUUUACCCAGCGGAGUGGGUGGAGACUGGGAUACGCGCUGGAACGAGGGCUGGGAUCCAGUGCAGAGCUACUAUGAGAAAGACUCUGACGAGUGGACCCCCUGGUCUCCCUGUUCAGUGACAUGUGGUCAUGGUGAAAGGAAGAGGACAAAGUCCUGUGGCUACUCCUGCACUCUGACUGAGGCCUCCAAGUGCGACCUAGAGCCGUGUCCUGGUGAAGUCAACACUGUGGCCGAGCCUUUUCCUUUCGAGAUGGAGAAUGGCACAGAGCCAUUUGGGGAAGAUGUGGACAGCUGUGAGAAGUGGCUCAACUGUAAGAGCGAGUUCCUGCAGAGUUACCUCCAUCGGGUCUUGUCCGAGCUCCCCAGCUGUCCCUGCUCCUUCCCCUCUGAGGUGGCGUACACUGUGGUCAGCAUCUACGAUGAGAGUCAUGGCCGGCAGUACCGCUGGCGGGAUGCAAGUGGCCCCAAGGAGCGUCUGGACAUCUACAAGCCAUCAGCACGUAGCUGCAUACGAUCAACACUGUCCAGUGACUCAUCUACUCUGGCAGCGCAGCACUGUUGUUAUGGGGUCGGCGGGCGGCUGAUCACUCGGGGGAAAGGCGCAGGCACGCCGAACCUGAUCAGCACCGAGUUCUCUCCUGAGCUGCACUUCAAAGUGGAUGUGCUGCCUUGGAUCCUGUGCAAGGGGGACUGGAGUCGCUUCCAUGCGGUGCGGCCACCCAAUAAUGGACUGAGCUGCCCAGAAAAUCCUCAUGAAGAUGUGUUCAUGAAUGAACUUGAAGAGGCCAGGGAGUAUUGAGGAGCCACAGCCAAAACUAUCACUUCACUCUGAGAGUCAAAGGGCCCAAUCCUAAUUUGAGCAGGAACUGCCAACCUUCAAAGUCAUGAAUUAUAACAUCUACUCUAUGCGUCAUGCAUUGACUCAGAGGAAAUGCUAACUUGUGGCUGGGAGAUUUGAGGGCUUUAACAAUGAUGGUGAAGUGUGGCUGCCCUCAGUUAGGAUUUGGCACAGUGUCCUGAUAUCAGGCCUCACUGAACUGAACUGUAUUGCAGGAACGGAAAGAAAAUGCAGUGUUUUCCCAUCGCUUGCCAACCUGUUCCACAUCUGGCAUGACAUCAAGCUCUCUUUCUUCAUAUUUGAUUCACUCUCCUGGGUGCGUGUAAGCAUGAUGUCUACCUGCUGGCUUUCUUCAUGGUGUCCUGGAGCGCUUGUGAUUGACAAUAACAGCAUAUGGUGAACAUCCUGAAUGCGCUUUUUGUAGGUUUGACAUUUGUUUGAAUGUGGGUGGGUUAUAAUGAUGAAACAAACACAUGCAUGGGAAGACUCCAACAGAUAAAUAUAUCCACUAUGCUGCUACAAUAACAAUCCUUCAGGUUUUACAAAAGGUUUUAGGGGAACAAGACAACAUGACAUAAAUAAACCCAAAAGAUGCCACAUGCAGUGCCAGUAAGGAACAUUUCAGUCACUAGAUUUAGUAAUUCUAGAGUUAUUUGAGACCUAAACCAGAGGAAAGCUACUGAUGUUUAAAGCUUGUUUAAUGAGAAUGAUGAGAAAAGCCCUGAAAAGUAGUGUCACAGAAACAUCACAUUUGCUGUCAAAUGUUUUGUCACAUGAUUUGUGUCAUGUUUUCCCCACAUUUCCACUGCCAGGAAUAUGUUUCGCCUGGGUGCCAAAGAUUUAAAAAUUCAGACUGUUGGUGCCUGAGUAAAUCCAAACUCCUUAGUCUCUAUGGUGCGAAUGUAGGGUCAAAUUCACUCUACAGAGAGUAGAUUGUGCUCAUAGAUGUGUCUCUACAAUGUUCUCAGGGGGGCCAAAUUUCCAUGAUACAUACAUUCAUUCACUUACCUCUACAGUGGAGCACUAUUGAAAGACCAACAAAUAGUAUUUGGGUUAAAGUUAAGAUUACAGAGCAUUGGUUGUGUAAUCCAGAUUGGAAUAAAUGAAGAGAUAACGCCAUCAGAGAGCAGUUUGAAAUCACUUAAAUCUGAAUAGUUGUGGCUGAUUGUUGUAGAAAGAUGUCAUUGCUGUUUAAGCUUUUGGCUUAAGAUCUUUGGGUUUAUGUCCAGGACUAGAUUAGAUAGAAAAAAAACAUACCUUCUCAGAUAACCUUCCCUAUAGAUUAUGUUUGUCCUCUUCUCCUGGUGAACGUAUCACACACGUAAAGGCAACAUGGAAGUUGUUGCUAAUUUCAAAUAUGUCUGUAGCAUAAAGGAUUGGAAGGGCUAGUGGUGAAUUUUAAUCAGAAUAGAAGACUCUAUAACAGUACUUUUGUUGUUACACCUCUGUCAAAAACAGCGGCCUUUAUUUUUAAAUUUCAUUACAAACACCCUGAAGUUCCAGGAAUUGCCCUUUCUAUCCAAUCUAGUUCUUUCCAUGUUUGCUCCAAACCUUUUUCAGGAAUUCUGCUUCCAGGUGUUAAUGCAAACAAGCAUUUUCAUUUUGGAAUCACCAAUUUUCAAGGAUGGCACUUUA